CGAAAAUCGAUGCCAAGAUUUGGACAUGUGCAAGACUUUUGGCCCCAACCUUCGUACUGGCAGAACAAAAACCCCCGAUUUCUGAAGGGAGCUAGCAGCGCCGUCGAUAUAGGCCCAGACGGCAACUUGGCCCUGAUGAACAAGAGAACCAAGAGAGCCGAGGAAAAUUCUAUCUUGGUCCAACCAGCUGAUCCUAAGAAGGGCAACCGAGAAAUAUGGGCCGGGUAUUUUAAUAGGACCAACGGUUUAGACACCAUGGCAAAACGAUACAUGGAUACCCACCCGCCAAACACAAAGACGCUGGCACUAUUCAUGACACAACCUAAUGUAGGUACCGACGAGACGAGUGGGGGGGACUACUUAGGCGUCAAGCUACUACCAUUUAACGACGAUCUCGUCGUAAAGGGGGGCUUGAAAAGAAAGGCGGACGAUGUCAUCGCUUGCGCAAACUGCCAUAAGGAUACCCACACCCUCGCGGAUUGCGUGUGGCCAGUUCAUAGGAAAUGGGGCGACAUUUAUGGUUGCCCAAUCUGUAACACGAAGGAACACCGCUUCGACCACUGCCACAACCAGUCUAGCCUAGACGAUUGGACCAGGUUCGAAUUCCUCGUCCUCAGGCGAGCGGGCAAGUGCAUGAUCCGCUCCGACUGUAAAGUCUACCACCUGACUUUACAAUUUCUCCAAGAGGGCAGAGUUAACCCUGAGACCCUAGUAAUGCCAUGGACGCGCUCCGGCGCUGUCGCUCUGUUUAACCAGCCAAAGGCCAUUAGCACACUUGAGGGCUGGAACUACCAGAACCCACGAGCCCAGGUGAUCAUGGAUCCUAACAGCGCCGUCGGCGCCCUCAGGGGACUCGCAGCCACGACAGGUGGCGACUUUGUUAGUUUCAGCGCUGCAACAAGGCAGGCCGAAAAGGAGAAGAGAGAGCAGGCGAAGCAGUAUCCCACGCCCGCUCACCCCGGAGCGCCACCCCAAGCUUUUGUUCCGCAGUAUCAACCCGCGGUCUCGCAACCUCAGCCUCCUGCUCCGCAGCCUCGACCGGCUGUUUCGCAGCCUCAGCCGUCUCGUCUUCCACGGAAGGCACCGAAGGCCAAAGGACACCACGAGCCCGCCCAGCGUGAACAGGCUGAGUUGGACGUCGACAUGGAGGACCGACAACUAAAUAAUGAAUUAGGAAUAUAGGACAGGUCAAAUCCCGCCUGAACUAAUUACUUACUAACCUACAUUAUCAUUAUUUCUCUCUUGCUUAUGGUACUACACGAACGCUAAUGUGAUGUGGCAAUACAGCUAUAUUCAAGUAAGAAGCAUAAUAUGAUGUGAUAAUGAAGCCAUGACUACUUCUUGGUUUCACGUCUCUUCCAAUCCGUGGCAAUAGGCAUCAUUAGGCCGGACUCUGGCAUUUUACUAAUCUUUCGUUGCAUGUCUAUUGAAGACAUCUGCCAUGAAGACACCCCUGUCAUCGGUAGUAGUCUAGUCUAUAAUAC